AUGUAUUCGAAUGUGCUAUACGGGUUUUCCAUGCCUUUCAUCAAAGCCUCGAUUGUGUUCACGCUAAACCGCAUCACCACCACUAAAUGGCAUCGCUGGGGACUCUAUAUAAUGCUUUUUAUAGCCAGUGUCAUGUCGAUUAUCGGAAUUCUCGCUACUCUCCUCUACUGCCAUCCGGUCCCAGCCUAUUGGAACCCCCUUUUGGGUACCUGUGGCGAUUUCAUGGUGGUUGUUCGCAUCGGUUACGCCUGGACAGCGGUGGGAAUUGUCACAGAUUGGACCUGUGCGAUCUUACCUUAUUUUAUUGUCCGCAAUCUCCAGAUGUCCUCCCGUCAAAAGAUGGUUGUUAUGCUUGUCCUUGGGCUCGGUGCUCUCGCCAGUACCGCCACCAUUGUCCGAGCACCGUAUCUAAAAUACUACCUCGCAACGGAAGAUCGUUUGUAUUGGAGCGGAUAUAUCACCCUUUGGUGCCUCCUCGAAAGUGGCAUUGCUCUCAUCGCCGCUUGCCUUCCCGCGCUUCGCAUUCUGGUACGCAAAUAUAUCGACUCAUCCAAAAACCGCUCGGGUAAUAAAAGCAACGGAUACGCCGCCGAGUCUGGCACCGGUCGAAGUCACAACCGCGCUCCUUCAACACAGCUGGAUAACCUGACUUCUACUGGAAAAACCACGGUUGUUGGUGGGAAAUGGAAAAGGUUGGAAGACGAAAACUCCAGUUCCAGAAAUAUUAUUCAAGAGCACACAAUAUACGUUGAAACGGAGAGUAUCAGUGAUAUUGACAAGCAUUCUUUCACUAGGUGA